UUUAUAUAACACAUGGGCUAAACGACCGUGCUGGACUGAGAGACACUACGUUCGCAAAUACUGUGAAUUUUAAAAUAUGCUGUGAUAUUUUUAUUUAUUACUUUUCUCAAAUCAGUGGCUUUUCACUGACUGCCACUCGUAAGCAUGUCGCUGAAUAGACUAGACGAAGAAUAUGCGUUAGAAAAAAGGGGAAGGUUUUUCGUAGCAUCGGACACACAAGGCAACAGGGAAGGAGAAGCUAAUGUCGAUCACCAUGAGCUUAUUUUACUUAAAGCUGAUGCUUUAGCGUCGGAGAAUCGUCUCAAGGAGGCUGUGGAUAUGUAUACAAUGGCUCUGCGGUAUGACCCUGUCCGGCCGGACCAGCUGAGCGCUUUAGUAGGAUGCGUUUUGCGUAACUUCAAGAAAAAAACGGAAGAAUCUCCUAUAAAGACUGAACGGCAACAUGAAAGUGAAUUUGACUGCCCCGGUUGUCUUAGUUUUAUAUGUGAGCCCGUGACGCUGACAUGUGGACACUCGUAUUGUAGAAGAUGUUUACAACAGAACGCUCUGUCCAAAUGUAAACUUUGCAAUGAGGACAUAAGGACGAGGCCUGGAGAACCUCGACUUAAUGUAAUCGUAAGUGGACUUCUAGAGAAGUGGUUCCCCGAAGACGCCCGAAGGACGAAAAGCAUAGGGGAAGCGGAAAGUUUACUGAAGAGUAAACGGUACGAAGAGGCUAUUACACUAACGAGUAAAUUAAUAGAGUCUGACGCUAGUAAUGUGUGGGUUUGGGAGUGUCAAGCCGAGGCCCACAGAGAACUGAAGCAUUUCCCUCAGGCUUUGCAAGACUGGGAGUCUUGCCUGAGGAUUAUCCCAUCUCCAGAGAGAUAUUUCCGAAAAGCCAAGAUUUUACAAGAGAUGGGUUGUGUGGAUGAAUCGUUGCAAGUCUUCCUUCAGUGUUUAGCAUUGGAUGAGAACUUCCACCAAGCCAAACGAGAAGUUGAGUUGAUCUUGCAUGACCUGUUAUCUCCAGCCUGUGAGAAUGUGAAGGUUGGACUUCGAGAGACCACUCAGAACACUGCCACUCAUUUACGCAGUAAAACCCUGUUUGCGGAGGACCAAGAGCAACAGACCCAAAUACAAGUCCAGUCUGCCACACAUGCAGCAUCUUCCCAGCCUCCCCUUAAAACCUUAGAGAAACCAGGUCGAUCUGAAAGUCUACAGCAGUCUGGCCUGAGCACAGCUCACUCCCUUCAUGUUCCCGGGAUUAGCAGGACUAUAGAGGAGGGGCUUAAAAGAGUUGACUCCUCCUCUCAGUUAAGUGACCCAGAUAAGGGGGCACCACUGAAGAGGAAACUGUCUGAAGAAGGAGAGGGUGUCACUUACAGCCAUGGCAGUAAAUACAAGAAGCACGACGAGACUGACAGCAUCGCUACUCCUGUGGUCAAAGAGGAAACGUCCCCUCGAGUCGUGCCACCAGAGCUGCUAGACCCAAAUGAUUUCGAAUGCUCCCUGUGCAUGAGGCUUUUCUAUCAUCCCGUCACGACUCCCUGUGGUCACACGUUUUGUAGGACGUGUCUGGAACGCUGUCUGGACCACAACUUUCAGUGUCCUCUCUGUAAAGAGAGCCUUCAGGAGUAUCUUGCUUGUAGAAAGUACACGGUCACACAAGUACUGGAUAACAUCAUCCAACGGCAUUUAUCCGGGGAACAUUCAGAGAGACUGAAAUUACACACUGAAGAAACAAAAGAGCUCUCAGAUUUAACCAAGAAUGUGCCCGUGUUUGUUUGUACCAUGGCCUAUCCUACCGUGCCUUGUCCACUACACGUGUUUGAACCGCGAUACCGUCUCAUGAUCCGACGCUGUAUGGAAACGGGGACACGCCAGUUCGGCAUGUGCAUCAGUGAUACAGAGAAAGGGUUUGUGGACUACGGCUGCAUGUUACAGAUCCGCAGUAUGCAUUUCCUCCCAGAUGGACGAUCGGUAGUGGACACGAUCGGAGGGAAGAGGUUUCGUGUGCUCUCCCGGGGAAUUAAAGACGGAUACUCUAUAGCCAACAUUGAGUAUCUGGAGGAUACAAAGGUAAAUGAUGUGGAAGAAUUGGGAAAGCUACAAGUGUUGCAUGAUCAAGUUUACGAAAAGGCUCGCAAGUGGUUCCAAAAGCUGGAGAACCGUUUCCGGAACCAGAUCCUGCAGCAUUUCGGCCCAAUGCCCGAGAGAGAGGGUGAUAUUCAGGCCACACCUAACGGUCCCGCAUACUGUUGGUGGCUGCUAGCCGUUCUUCCUGUCGACCCGCGAUGCCAGCUGUCCAUCCUGUCCAUGACAACUGUAAAAGAACGGCUUAUCAAGAUCCGACACAUCCUGACCUACCUGCAAAUCCAUCACAGAGUCUAGAGCUUCCACACAUAUCACCACCAGCUUGAGUACUGUCUGACAAAGUACUGAUGAGAUUCAAAGCAGACUGAAAUCUGAAUCCGAGUCGGAUGUUAUUCAUGCCAAGGCAUUUGAGAAUGAACAGUAAUGAAUUGUUUCAUACAGACUUUUGUCAUCAUUUUACCUCAGAGACCAUGUAGUGUUUGCUUUUUCUUUUCCUCUUCUAUUUAAUGUGUUAGAUGACGUCUCACCCUGAAGUGUUUAUCAUAAUGGCAGUCAAACGAUUUGCCAGGACUUUUGUAAUUUAAAACAAACUUAAAUCGACAUGAACAGCUAGUUUGUGUAGAACUGUUGACGGAGUGCAUCAAAACAUUACAACAUUGAAAAUAUGAUCACUUGUCCUGCUUUGUGAGUGUGUGUGUUUGUGUUGAAAAAGACAGGAUGCAUUUGCAGGGACAAAAUUUGAUAUGGUAAUUUUUGGAGGCCGUGUUAAACGGCUUAAACCCAAAAAGCAAAAGAAACCUAGCAGCCAUGCUUUGACUCAAACCAUUGAACAUGCAUAAGAAGUUGUGUCACAACAGAAGUAGGCAUGCAAGUUAUUUAUAUUAGGACAGAGUCUAAGCUUUGGUUGUAAACAUGUCGUCUCUUUUAAAUCCACUACAGCCUGACGUUUUGUAGGUAGAGUUGUAAUAUUGAUAUAUUUUAACUAUAUACAGAAAAAAUCUCAAAGGGGAACUUGCAAUAUUUUCGAUAUUGAUUCAUUAAAACCGAAAACUCAUUGGCUGCAACCAGCACGAUACUGAAAAGAUUGACCGUGAAAAAUCUGUAUGGUGCUUGACUGAAUUUGCCUUAUAACAUCUGGAUUCUGCUCCCGUUAUGCUUCCGCUUGGAUUUUUUGCAUUCCUGUUGCCGAAGGUAUAAUUCUUUGGUUGAAUUUUCCUCUUGGCCAAAAUCCGUUGUGUGUAAAAUAUGUUAAAUAAUAGCUUUGUUGUAUGUAAAUCUUUUUUUUUGAAGAUUUUUUACAGCUGUAUGCUUGAAUAUUUAAGUUGUCACUUUACAAAUAAAGUGCACGUUUUUCAUUGUA